AGGUGAUAUGAUUCGUUAAGAGAACCGGUGUAUCCACGCUAUAUAUAACAUCCAAUACCAUCCAGACACACUACUGUAUAGUCUGUUGAGCAAGUCAGUACGUACACUUUGCACACUUGAGGAACAUACCCAGACCAACACGUCCACGUUCAACUUACCGGCGACAUGUUAAUUAAAAUACCCGUACAUGACCUUGGCGAAAAUGUACUAGCCAUCCCUAAUGGCCUCCAGCCUGGCAAAGUGGUAACCGUGAUCGGAAAGUGUGUUGGAGACGAUAGGAUUGUGAUCAACUUUCAAUCCGAGGAUGGCAAUAACAAGGCCCUACAUUUUAACCCUCGCCCAGAGCAGGGCGUUGUGGUCAGGAAUUCCUUCCGCGAUGGAUCCUGGGAAGAUGAAGAGCGGGACCAGCCAUCCUUUCCGUUCAGUACUGGUGUCGACUUCUGCAUUACUUUUGUCGUAACUGACAACUGCUUCAAAAUACUGGUGAACGGAGAUAAAUUCUGUAACUUCAAUCACCGUCUAUCUCACGGCGAUGGGAGCCACCUACAGCUGGGCGGUGCUGACUUUCAUGAAGUUCAGGUCCUGGACAGAUAUACCCAUGGACAUAACACUUCUCUGCCGGGUGGAUUGAAGGUCGGAAAAGGCAUAAGAGUUCUCGGCGUGUGCCAAGACGACGCCGGCUUUAGCCUCAACUUUAUGUGUGGAAAUGACAUCGCUUUCCAUUUUAACCCCCGUCCAACAGAGGGCACUGUCGUCAGGAAUAGCCAGUUAGGUGGAGGAUGGGGAGAGGAAGAAAGAGGAGGCGACGGGUUCCCCUUUGAAACUGGUGCCAUAUUUGACGCAAUGUUUUUCUGCAGCAAUGACGAAUUUACGGUGUAUGUGAACAACAAAGAGUACAUAACCUAUGGCCAUAGGUGUGACUUUUCCGCAGUGUCAGAUUUCCAAGUCCACGGGAACGUCGACGUCAAGCUGGUCCAGUGGCUGACUACAAUGGAUGACGAUUAUGUGGAACUCUUUCCGUUUGAGGCUGGCAACAAGGAACAGCUGGUUUUCCGAGGAUUUAUGAAGAAAGGUGGAAACAGGUUUGCAGUUAACUUCCUGGAAGGUCGUGAGGCCGACUCCGACAUUGCCUUUCACUUCAAUCCCCGAGUUGAUGACGGAGAAAUCGUCAUGAACUCGAAAUUAGGGGAAUGGGGUUCUGAAGAGAGAAUUCCUUUGCCCCCGGUUUUUGGAACCAACGAUGUGUUUGAACUUAAAAUUGUCACAAAGAAGAGAAAGUUCAAGGUUGUACUGGAUGGAGAGACGCUGUAUAAGUAUAAAUGUCGGGGUGAAAUGAGUGCUGUUAAGGGUGUCCGUAUAGGCUACGGCGACAGCGUGCUCUACUUGGUGGAUGUAAGGCGCAAAUUGGGUUCCCGAGAGCUCAUCCCCCUUUCUGAUCCACUUGUGGAGGACAACUGGGUUGUGGUUCGUGGAAAGAUAAAGAAAAAUGGAAAUGGAUUUGCUGUGAAUUUCCGGCUGGGAGAAGAUGGCGGAGGAGACAUAGCAUUCCACUUCUAUCCCCGAAUUAGCGAGGGUUGUACAGUCCGCAAUGCAUGCAUUGGCGGCGGCUGGCAGGAGGAGGAGAGAGACCAACCGGACUUCCCAUUCCAACAAAGAAAGGAAUUUGAAAUCACAUUUCAAGUAAAGCAGGAUAAGUUUUCGACUUAUGUUAACGGGAAACAAUACAUUGACUUCAGCCAUCGUGUCCCUCUCGGUGAGAUUGGAGUAAUACAGCUGUCGGGAGACGGCAACUUCUUUGUGCCUGAGGUGUUAUAGUGUCUGUGACUGAUGAUUGGAACUUCUCUACAUAAAUAGUGCCAUCCUAGAUGUAUCUACCAUGCACCAUGCUAAGUCAGCGAUACCAAUCACCAGAACAGAUUUGUUACUUACAUUAAUUCACUUUGUUAGCGAAAAUAGUUGCUUCCACUAACGUAAUCUGUUCAGACUUAGAUCAAUAUGCGAAUGGUUUAAGUGAUCCAUCUACAAUGUAUAUUAAUGAUUCCUUUUCAACUGUGUAUUGAUAUAUAUACGAGUCCCACGAUGUUUGAUUUUACCAUUCGCAUAAAUUAUGUGAGUCUCAUCAAUAUUCUAUGAGAAAAGGACUCGGGACAUGCAUAUAAAUGCUUCACUGUUAUAUGUUAUAUAGGUCUUGGUAGGUACUUAGGAACUUUUAAUGUUAUUUCGCUUUUUUUUAUGAAACGCUUCAACUACAACUUCUCGUGAAGACGGCCUUAUAAAUGUUAAAUAUUGUAAUAUGUCUAUACAAUCCAAUGCACUGCACGAAAUUACGACAUUCUUCAUAUGUGCCGGAUAUUAUAGUCUGUUUCUUUUUGUAGUGCAAAUACUUGUUUGUCCACAAAAUGUUUUAUUUCACUUAUUUUGUAUGAAACAAUGUUUGGGAGUUUUAAUACUACUCGCGGAGAAGGUCAUCUGGGUGUUUAAAUCUUAUGUAUGUUUAUACAAUCAAAUGUGCUAGAUCUACACACAAUAUGCUGUACUAUGUAAUUUGACGUUGAAUCAGCAUUAAAAACUGUUUUUAAUUAAUAAAAUAUUAAUUUUCUUGAAA